UAGCAUUUGCCUCUUCAGCGACGGCUUGAGUUCAGCUCGUCUUUGCCAACUCGAUUCAGCUUAGGAGUCUGCUCACUGGUCGCUCCAAGUCGUCGGUGCUUUGUUUCUUGGGUUUGUUGAUCCAUCCAUGGCGACGAGUACAGUGGAUUGGUGUGGUCGCGGCAGCAAUCUUCCUGCUGCGCUGUAUGACAUGGUGGAUAGCAAGGAGCUAGUGGGCGCGCUUCCUCCGUCCAUGGUGUCCUUCUCCUACCCCUGUUCCGACAACGUGGAGCAGAGCGGGAGCUCGCUUCUUGCUGGCGCCAAUUACCUGACUCCUGCGCAGGUCUUCCAGUUCCACGUCCAGUCGCAGCUGCAACGCCUGCGCCGGCCGGCCGCGGCGGGCUGCCUCGGCGCGGCGCCGCAGGCGAUGAAGAGGCAUGGCGCGGCGGCGGCGAUCCCGACGCGGCCUCCGGCCAAGCUGUACCGCGGCGUUCGGCAGCGGCAUUGGGGCAAGUGGGUGGCGGAGAUCCGCCUGCCGCGCAACCGCACCCGCCUCUGGCUCGGCACCUUCGACACCGCCGAGGAGGCCGCGCUGGCCUACGACAGCGCCGCGUUCCGCCUCCGCGGCGAGUCCGCGAGGCUCAACUUCCCCGAGCUCCGGCUUGGCGGCGCGCACCUCGGCCCGCCGCUCCACGCGGCGGUCGACGCCAAGCUCCACGCCAUCUGCCACGGGAUGGACCUACCCCAGAGCCAGAGCAAUGCGACGACGACGACGACGACGCCGACGACGGCCACCACACCAAGCUCCUUCUUAUCCUCGGAGAGCCCGGACAUCAAGAGCGAGCCUGUCUGCUCCGGCUCCGAGAGCUCUUCCUCGGCCGACGGCGACGUGUCCUCGACGGGUUCCUCCGACGUCGUCCCGGAGAUGCAGCUCCUCGACUUCUCGGAGGCGCCAUGGGACGAGUCCGAGAGCUUCCUGCUGCGCAAGUACCCCUCGCUGGAGAUCGACUGGGACGCCAUCCUUUCCUGAUGCAGUGACUGCCUGCCUCCUCUCGUUCUUGAUACAGCUCUUGGUGUCCUGAACAUUUUCAGAGCUCAGAGUGAUGAUCUCCAUAGCUACUUGCUGGUUUAGGUUUUGGGUUUGAUCAUGCCAUCGAUCUGUACUUGUGUAGCAUCAUCCCCUGGUCUGCUUGGUUUUUACAAUGGCAAUGCCAGGAAGGAGGUCUCAGUCAGUGCUUUGGUUUCUGCAAGGUGCGAGUUGUCAGCAUGAAACUCUGCAUGCAAACACUUCAUGUAUAUAGUACCAGAUAUUUGAACUCUACAUUGUAGUUCAUAUAUCCAAUAAAGAAUUUCUUUGGCA